UAUCAAAGGCUUAGUCUACCGAAGCCAGUCUUGAUAUUAUUAAUUACAUCAAACUAUCAUCCUUUGAGAGUCCACAGUCUUGAGUUUAACCAUCAUCGGCUCCGGCAAUACGUUUUGGAGGUGUUCAGAGCGAGAGCAAAACACAUCAAACCACCUUCAAGACACAACAGGAAGUCGAUUCCAAAGUACAUCAAAACGAAAAUGAAAAUUUUUGGUCUUGGGCGUCAGGUUGGAGCCUGGAGUCUUCUCAAAUUUAAAUUUGUUCGACCUUAUAGCAGCAAAAACAAAUGCGGAGACGCUGGAAAGCCACCAAAGAAGCUGAGCCUGAAGAACGUUGACGUGGCAGGCAAACGUGUCUUCAUGAGGGUGGACUUCAAUGUUCCCAUGAAGGACGGCCAAAUAACUAACAAUCAGCGCAUAGUCGCAGCUCUGCCCAGCAUCAAAUAUGCCCUGGACAAAAAGUGCAAGUCUCUGGUAUUGGCUUCGCAUUUGGGUCGUCCGGAUGGGAAAAAAAAUAAAAAAUUCACACUCGAACCGGUGGCAAAAGAGCUGCAGAAGGUGCUGGGAAGACCGGUGUGCUUUCUCGAUGACUGCGUAGGGGAGCAUACCCUAGAUGCGGUGAAGAAUCCUCCUGAGGGUAGCGUCCUACUGCUGGAGAAUCUUCGCUUCUACGCCGAGGAGACGGGUAGCAGUAAGGAUAAGAACAAAAAGAAGAUCAAGGCUGAUCCCGAGAAGGUUAAGCAGUUUCGGAACAAGUUGGCGCAGCUCGGCGAGAUCUUUGUGAAUGAUGCCUUUGGCACUGCCCAUCGUGCCCAUAGCUCCAUGAUGGGCGAGGGCUACAAAGUGCGAGCGGCCGGGUUUCUGAUGGACAAGGAGCUAGAAUACUUUGCCAAGGCGCUUCAAGAACCGGUCAAGCCGUUCCUGGCCAUUCUGGGGGGAGCAAAGAUCGCCGACAAAAUCCCCCUAAUCAGCAACCUUCUCAAUAAUGUUUCAGUCAUGAUUGUGGCAGGUGGCAUGUCCUUUACAUUUCUUAAAACCCUCAACUCCAUGGAGAUUGGCAAGUCGUUGUUCGACGAGAAAGGUGCUGCUAUGGUGCCCGAAAUAAUGGCAAAAGCGAAGGAGAAAAAGGUCAAUAUAAUCCUACCCGUGGACUUUGUUUGCGCCAACAAAAUCGACAAGAACCCGGAAAGAAUCGAGUCCGUGGAUGCGAAGCAGGGUAUUCCCAAGGAUAUGAUGGGUCUUGAUGUUGGCAAGACAUCCAUUGAAAUAUUUACCGGAGCCAUUUGUGCUUCCAAGACGAUUGUUUGGAACGGUCCCCCGGGCCUAUUCGAGAACGACAACUUCGCCAAUGGCACCAGAGCCAUGUUGGAAGCGGUCAUCGGGGCCACGGCACGGGGCGCCACCACCAUCGUUGGCGGUGGAGAUACGGCCACGGCCUGCAAGCAGUUUGGUGGUGACGACAAAGUGUCGCACGUCUCCACGGGCGGUGGUGCUUCACUGGAGCUGCUCGAGGGAAAGGUUCUGCCUGGCGUGGCAGCCCUCUCCGAUGCCUAGAUGCAGGGCAGAAGGUAUGACUAGCUACGACAGGAUCAAUGCAUCUGUUUGGCUGCACGUACUUUUCUAUGUUCCAGCUCUAGCUCCUCCAGCCAAUGUAAUUAUUUGUGAGGUUUUUCUUUAGAAUUGGUACUUGCUUUCCAUUUCUUUUGUUGUUCAUUGUUAAUAUAAAAAUAAAAUGGGA